CYCCUGGAUCCCUGGAAAUGUCCAAGGCCAGGCUGGACAGGGCUUGGAGCACCCUGGGAUGGUGGGAGGUGUCCCUGCCCAUGGCAGGAAGGUUGGGAUGAAAUGAUCUUGAGGGUCCCUCCCAAAGCAGAGCAUUCUGUGACUCUGUGAUUGUGCUGCAGUGGUAAUGUUUGUAGGGACACAGGCUGUGCAAGAGGCACAGCUGGGGAACAUCCUCCGCUCUCCUUCUCCCACUCUGCACAUGGAUGUGGCUUCUCUUCYCAGCCAUGUGGUUACCAUGUUAGAAAUGUGGCUUUGGCACUGCUGCAGGUCUUGUAGAACAUGAUUCAAAUUCAAAGGAGCACUUGGGAUCCCUUGGGAAAGACAUUCCAGAGCACAUUAUUGGGAUCAUAGCUCACUGAGGUACCAUGGCACUUGCUUUUGUUCCCAACUGAGGCCCUAUUGGUACCAUCUUGUCAAUUAAAUUAAUAUUCUAAAGCAAUUUUCAAUAAGCAGGACAUCCUAAUUACCAUUGUGGGUACAAAUUAGCUAUGAAAACAUGUUCUGUUCCCAGAGUCUUACACCAUGGUGAGAGAUCUGGGUCCCAAUCAUYUGGAUUUAGGAAUUUGUUAUUGUAUUUUCUGUGCCUCAUCUGCAAUUCAGCCAUCACUCUGUAUCAUAGUCUGAAUCCCUCACUGCUCUGAACAGCCCAAUGUGCCAGAUCUCUUAGCAGGAAUACUGCAACUGUUUAAUUUCUGGGAACAUCAAAACAACUUGAUUUAUUYCCCCAUGUUAAUUGAGAGCCAUUGCUGUACAGCAUAUUCUGAGUUUCCUUCUCUAKUCCCUCUUCAGGACAGUUGUGCUGUAUCAUGUUUGUGGACUUGCUGUUCUCCACCAUCUCUUCUGUUUCCUUGCCAUGUAAAYGUCAUUGAAGGAGAAACCAAAUUAAAUUUAACUUCUUUAAUCAGCAGGACUGAGCUUACAUAUGUGUAAUGCCAGUGUUUUAUUUGGCCCAGCCUCCCUGCUGAAGAUGCUGCUGCAUAUUUUUAUCACUAUGUAGCGUACUCUGGUGACAAUAUUAAUUUUCUUUAGAGCAUGCAGAGGGCUUUUAAAAUGAGUUUGACAACAGACUUAAUUAACACUUUUAUUAGGUAUUUUUUUAAACUUCUAGAUGUUUCCCUGUACAGCUGACAGGACAUGCAUGCAGCGCAGUGCAGCACUAUAUUUUCAAACACAAGCAGGAAGAAACAAAGUAAUAAUGUUGACAGUUAAAAAAAAAAAAAAAAAAAGAAGAAAAAUUCCUUCCAAAUUUUCUCAUGCCCUGAUGUGAAGGGGUUGAAUGUGCAUGUUGCCUUCCGGGAGAACUGGUGUAAUUUCCUCAAAUGGGUGAAAGACCAGAACAUUUUAACCCACGUUGUACUGUAUCCUGCGAGCAAUUUACAAGUCUCUGUUCUUAAAGAAGAUUGACUCACUUUAGUAAUUCAGUUUAAUUUAAGAGAAGAGUCAAUAAAAAGUCUACUGCAAUAAACUCAUCCCUGCCUUGCCCAGAAGCUAUUCUGAUUAAUUUCCCUAGUAGAAUUUCCAUCAUUAUCCUAUGUCUUAAAUCCAUCCUGGUCCUUGUUCAAAGGCUUCAGAUCCACCUUCUGUUUUUAUCAUAMAGUGAUCACAAAGCAGAUCAGAGUUGCCUUUUUUUAAGUCUAAUUUUUGGCCUCCUUCUUUGCAGGGCURUAUUAUUUGGAUGUCUCCCCCUUAAAGGCUCUUACUAGGCAUAAUACCUUAUAUUUAAAAGAUAAUACCUUCUGCUGGCCUUUGUAUGUGGACCACCUUCUGUCCUGUUCAGCCCAUGUAGAYUGUGACUUAAAUGUAGGCUCUUAAUGUGGUGUGAAGCCGAUGGGUGGGAGCAAAGGUAUCGAGUGAUGUAAUGCAGCAGCCGCCAGAAAGCAUCUUUUGUGUGGAUUGUGCGAUGGCCACUCCAUAACCAUCUCCCCAUGAAUCAGACGUGAGGGGCUGCUUUGUGGAGCCAACCCUUUGUGCAUCAACUGCGAGCAGGAGGAGACAUUCAGUCCGAGAGCUCUUUCUGAAAAUGGAUUUAACUUUUCUUUUGCCAGUCACUACCAGCAUGACCUCAUACACUUGUAGCACAAUGGUGUGGCUAAGCCUUUGAGUACACAGCCAUUACAUCAUCGCAGCAAAUUAGAGCGGGAGGUGGGGAGAGAGGCCUCGUUGUUGUCAUGGCCGAUGAGAUGAUCGGGACUCGACUCAUUGUGGCCGAGAAGUUGGUGGCUCUGCUGGAGAGCGGCGCCGAGAAGCUGCUGCUGAUCGACAGCCGCCCCUUUGUGGAGUACAACACGUCCCACAUCCUGGAUGCCAUCAACAUCAACUGCUCCAAGCUCAUGAAGCGCAGGCUGCAGCAGGACAAGGUUCUGAUUACAGAGCUCAUUCAGCAUUCGGCAAAACACAAGAUUGAAAUCGAUUGCAAGCAGGAAGUGGUGGUGUAUGACCAAAGCUCUAAAGAUGUGACCUCUCUGGCAUCUGACUGCUUUCUUACUGUGCUCCUGGGCAAACUGGAGAAGAAUUUCAGCUCUGUGUACCUGCUUUCAGGUGGCUUUGCUGAGUUCUCCAGCUCUUUCCCUGGUCUCUGUGAAGGAAAAUCCACGCUCAUCCCUACUUGCAUUUCUCAACCCUGCCUACCUGUGUCCAACACUGGCCCAACCAGAAUCCUGCCUCAUCUCUACCUGGGCUGUCAGCGAGAUGUCCUCAACAAGGAGCUGAUGCAGCAGAAUGACAUUGGCUACGUCCUGAACGCCAGCAAUACCUGUCCAAAGCCUGAUUUUAUUCCAGAAUCCCAUUUCCUCCGAGUGCCUGUGAAUGACAGCUUUUGUGAGAAAAUUUUGCCUUGGUUGGAUAAUUCAGUCGAUUUUAUAGAAAAAGCAAAAGCAUCCAAUGGCCGUGUGUUGGUGCACUGCUUAGCUGGGAUAUCCCGCUCCGCCACGAUUGCCAUUGCAUACAUCAUGAAGAGAAUGGAUAUGUCCUUGGAUGAAGCUUACAGAUUUGUGAAAGAAAAGAGGCCAACAAUUUCUCCCAACUUCAACUUUCUGGGCCAGCUUUUGGACUUUGAGAAAAAGAUCAAGAACCAGAGCAGCCAGCCCAGYCACAUCAGCAAGCUGAAACUUCUGCACUUGGACAAGAGCAGCGAGCAGGUACCGGUGCUGGAAGGGGGACAGAGCAGCMUCUCCACGAGCCAGCUGUGCCUCUCAGCUGCUGCAGAGCUGCUGGAGCACAAGGCCACGGACGGGGGCACCGCGCCCCACGGGCACCCAACCCCCACGGACGAUGGGCCCCUGGUGCAGGGCAUCAACGGCCUGCACGUCUCCCUGGACAAGGUGGAAGACAGCAACCGCCUGAAGCGCUCCUUCUCCUUGGACAUCAAAUCCGUGUCCUACUCGGCCAGCAGCAGCUGCGUGARCGCCUCGGUGCAGGGCUUCGCCUCCUCCGAGGACACGCUGGAGUACUACAAACACGCGGCCGCGCUGGACGGGGGCGGCAAGCUGUGCCAGUUCUCCCCCGUGCAGGAGGUGUCGGAGCAGAGCCCCGAGAGCAGCCCCGACAAGGAGCAAGCCUCGCCCAAGGAGGCGGUGGGCCCGUGGCCAUCGGACAGCCCGGCCCCCCGGCCACACGCGCCCAGGCCCGCGCCGCGGCCGCUCCUGUACCCGCUGCACCGCAGCGGCAGCGUGGAGGACGCCUACAGAGCCAACUUCGUGUUCGGCCUCUCCACCAGCCAGCAGCACCUGGCCAAGUCCGCUGCAGGGCUGGGCCUCAAGGGCUGGCACUCGGACAUCCUGGCCCCGCAGCCCUCAUCCCUCGCCAACAGCUGGUAUUUCGCYGCCGACUCCUCGCAUUUCUACUCGGCCUCGGCGGUGUUCGGCGGCGGCGCGGCCUUCCCGGCGCUGAGCUGCGGCCAGCUGGCCUCGGGCUGCGAGCAGCCCAGCGCCGUGCGYCGGCGGCCCCGGCAGGCUGACCGCGGUGACUCGCGGCGCAGCUGGCACGAGGAGAGCUCCUUCGAGAAGCAGUUCAAGCGCCGCAGYUGCCAGAUGGAGUUUGGGGACAGCAUCCUGGCGGACAACAGAUCCCGGGAGGAACUGGGCAAAGUAGGCAGCCAGUCCAGCUUUUCRGGCAGCAUGGAAAUCAUCGAGGUGUCCUGAGGGCUGGCAGCUUGUGGAACUGUGGCAGAGCUGCUUCCCCCUCUGGGACGCUCCCCCAGCGUGCGAGGGGUCCCUGGAAAUCUGAAACUUUGGGUAAAAAGGUGGGGGAGGGAAGAAACAGAGGCUUCGUUGAGCCGGGGAAAGGUCGGUACGGCAGAGAGRUGACACUGCCUCUGCCCAAGGAGAUCAGAUGUGCUGCUGGGCUCUCCUUCCCUCUCUGGAGAAGGGCAGAACAUUUCGCAGGCUUUUUCAUGACAGAGGAAGCAAUUCUAUGCAAUGGAUUGCACAUCCUUUCAGUGGCUUUUAACAAGGAAGCUCUCCUGGUGUCAAACCCUUUCUGUGGUUCCACUGAACCGUGCUUCUGCCUGUCAGAACCAGUUUUGUUCUCCCCUCCCUGUGCCCCAUGUCUUCACCAGUGCACCUUAGCCCUGACACUGAGCCAACCUCUGGAGGGAGACCUUUUUCCUGUAAGAAAGGAGACUGGGAGCGAUUCCAAAGGCCAUAGGCACCGGUUACAGCAAGGCUGGUCUGAACACAGCGUUCAGACAAAUGUAAAUACUGGUGUAACUAUUGUUCUAAUGGAUAGGCUUUAGGUGAUUUGCUAGAGAGCUGCUUCGGAGAAAAAAAAAAAAAAAACCCAGUACCUCAAAACUACACAAAAUAAACUAGGGCUUUAUGGCUGCCACAURCCGGUAGUCAUUUCAUAAGCAAUGUGAACAAGUAAUGACUGGCCAUGUUUGAUUUUUUUUUUUUUUUUAAAGCUGUCUACGCACAAGUGUUGCAGUUGGCUCAGCAGCAAUUCUUAAAAGAUGAAUGAACCAUUCUUAGGACUGUUUCCCCCAGUCUUUUUACAGUGUUUGUACUUGUGCUAUUGAGCUGGCUUCUGGGAGAAGGGUAGCUGCUUUGGCUUCUAAGCUGUACCAGAGUGGUAGGUAAGUCUACAUGCAAGAGAAGUGGCCACAAUGUGCUUUUCUUGCCCAUUAACAAUCCAGUUUCUCAAAACCAAUUCAAAAUGUUUGGGGUUUUCUCGUUUUUUUUUAAGGUAAAUAUGAUUUGGGGUGGUGAGCUUUUGUCCUUAACAGAGCAGCUGCACUGUGGAACUGCAGACACUCCAGGCUGUGCAGCAUCCUCACUUGCAGCACACACGUCCAGCUCGAGGAGGUGUCACGUCCCUGCUUUCACAGGAGAUGAGGAACAGCCCUUCUCGUGUUUUUGACAGCUGUUUCCCCUCCCACCUUGGCUGCUGCUCAUGUGCACAUUGCCAUGAGAGGUUUAUGGCCAGCGAGGGUGGUACCAGAGCCACUGCGUGAAGCUGCCUCCUUCCUGCUCCCAGGGCCUUCCCCAGCACCCCUCAGAACGUGUGUUGAGGGCAAAUUAUAUUGUUUUGUCCCAUUUCAGUGCAGGCAGCUGAAAAUUGUAGCAACAAAUAAUUAACCCUGGCCAACAGCUUUAAAAAAAAAAUUUGUCAGCAGCAACCUGAAGCCCUAAUUCAAGUCAGCAGCUUGGGUUAUGUUUGGGGUUUUUUUUACUGUAAGUUUAGCUAGUUUGUGACUCAAAUCUCAGGUUUUACUAUAUUGAAAAGUGCAGAAGAUUUUUGUCAUUGUUUUGUUUUGUGGCUAGGAUGUAACUUUUAAUUUCCUACAGUGGACCGUUGAAAAUAGCACUGAAAGCUACAGCAUUGAUUAACUUGAUCCUAAAAAGUGCAAAAGGCACAGAGAGAGGAAGCUCCAGGAGUCCUGAGUGCAGAGGCUUUUUGUGCUCAAUGUGCACAGAUKCUGAUGGAGGGCCUGGGCAGGGACAGGUCACCAUCACCCUGGACAGUGUGGCAGGUGUUGGCUGUUCAUGCUGCCACUUCUGCUUACAUCUGCAGUGAUGGCAUCACAGCCAUUUCCAGCACACAGGCUCUGGGUGUGUAUUUACCUGUGUAAACAGGGCUCCUCUCAGCCACAUUUUAGGAAAAGCCCAUGGCUUUGAUUUAAACCAUUCAUAGGGGUUAACACGUAUCAAUCCCUAGAGGCACAGCUUCUUCCUCUCUUUUGUGCUCCUUCAGAUGUGUGUGUUCUCCCCUUCUGUGUAUGUUUGGGGUUGGUUUGGUCGGUCGCCUUCUGAGGAACUGAAAUCUGGUCCUGUGGCUCCUCRUGAUUCCCAGUGUGUUCUGGAUGGAUCCAAGUUGUAGGCUCAGUACUUACACRGGGCAGGUUCCCAUAGGAGGAAGCCUUAACCCCAUGUCCUGCACAGGGUGGGGCCCUGGCUGAUACCUGAACUAGAGUCCUGCUCCUGAACAAUACUGGAAAUGGUUUGCAGAAGUCUGGAAAGCAAAGUGGAGGACGUGAGAGGGGAAAAUGUGUACAUGUUCAAUAUGAAUAUAACGUAUGGCAUUUGGUGUGUGGCAUACUUGGCAUGUUUGGUGUAUGGCAAGCUGGUGAAGUGGUUCAGAGAGAUGUGAGUUUYUCAUCUUGUUGUGUCAUGAGCAUUACCUGUAUGUUACAAUGAAAUAAAAUCAGAAAUGGUACCUGUUUAUACAGAA